AUGAAGUCUAUCCGGCUCGACAAAAACCCGAUCUCGUCCAAAGGCGUGCUCGCAAUCGUUGCUGCCCUCGGGACGUGCGAGCACCGCGCCGGCCGCGUCACGCUGUGGCUCUUCCACGAUCUCGGCGAGUGCGAAGCGGCGAUCAAGCGCCUCCCGAACGAGGCGUGGGUCCAGUUCGACGUCGUUACGCCGCGCGCUGCGUAGCCAGCUGCGUACUUUCUAGUCUUUGCUUGAUAACGCCUAAUUGUGUCUUUGAC